AUGAGAGUUGGGCCCUGUGGGCCUUGGGGGCCCCUGCCGCCUCCGCGCUGCUUCUUGCUCGUUCUGGCUCUGGCUGCAGUCACUGUAUACGGGAACUUUACUGUGAGGGCACCCCCUGUAGGCCCCACUGAGGAGGCGGAGCCCUUUGUUGGCGACAGCCGUUGGGGAAAGGCCGUGAGGCACAGGUGGGAAGACGCUUCAUAUGGUGCGUACCUGAAGGAGCAGAUACAGCGUGUGAAUGACUUUGGUUAUUGGGUGAAAGUCAUUCGCAGCGGCUUGGAGCAGCGUCCAGAGAAGGAAAAGCGGAAACAGGAACAGAGCAGCAAGAAAAUCCAUGAACCGGCGAGAGUUGAGAAAGACGACAAAAACAAAGGCCGCCGCUCGCGCCCCACUACCAAACUCGCUGCACAUGAUGAGUGGCUUGUUGCGUAUCAAGAGGACCCAUUCAAGGGUCUUCCGAACCUGCCCCUUCAGGGGUACACUCCUGGCUCAGGACACACUGAUGUAGAAACAAGGGAGGCAGUUUUCCUGCAGCAGCUUGAGGAAGAAAACGCAUUCGGAUCAUUUAGGCUCCGAUUUCAACACCUCAGGUCUUUAGCAGUGGCAGCGCAUAAGCGAGUUUUCACGGCAGAGCUCCCCGGCGCAUCUCAGGGGUCCCCCCAGGCAAUAGGGGCAAUUUCGGGGGGGCCAAGUCCAAGCGCACAGUGGGGGCUUGCUGGCGGUCUUCUUGAGAGCCCCCAGAUGCCAGAAGUGAAUCCCAAGGCUAUGCGCAUGGCAUGGAUGGAGGUCGCUCAGACCGUUUAUCUUCCAGUGAUUGAGAAGGGGCCAAGGGGAAGUGAGACGAGCCGUUUAUUCAUGGAAGAGCUGCAAGAGGCGUUCGAACUUCUAGACAGAGAGCUGGUUAUGCGCACUGCCUCCGAGUCAAGCCAGCGGCUGGCCAUGCAACAAAGCUCUGUCGCCGCCGCUGCAGCAGCAUCUGCUGCAAAUUUCUCCUCAGGUGCAGCGGCAGGCGCUACUUGA